AUCGAAAUGAAUCUCUUCAGCCAACACAAUUUCAACGUUCACAGUGUAGCCAACUGGACGAACGCGGCUGUAAUUCCACUUCACGCGUGACAAACGCGACUAUUGCUUUAAUCCAUCCUCCUCCUCCCCUCUCUCUCUUUCUCCAUCCACCUGCAGCGCUGUCUCGCGUUCCGCCGCAAGCGCUGCCUCCGCCCAGCCGACCGGGAUAUACAGCAGAACCAGAAGUGGCUCAGACAUGACGGAUAACAUCCCUUUACAACCCGUCCGGCCCAAGAAGAGGCAUGAUAGUAAGCACAAAAGCGGGUGCUGUCCUUGGCUGCGAUGUUGUGGAAAUGGAGAGUUUAGACCCCGGACUGUGUGGCUUGGUCAUCCAGAAAAACGGGAGCAAAGAUAUCCAAGCAAUGUCGUCGAUAAUCAGAAAUACAACAUCUUUACUUUCCUCCCUGGGGUCCUGUUUAACCAGUUCAAGUACUUUUUCAACCUGUACUUUCUGCUGCUUGCGUGCUCUCAGUUUGUGCCAGAAUUGAGGCUUGGUGCACUUUACACCUACUGGGUUCCUUUGGGAUUUGUGUUGAUUAUUACAAUCAUCCGAGAAGCUGUGGAAGAGAUUCGAUGCUCUAUGCGUGACAAAGAAGUGAACUCGCAGAUAUACAGCAAACUCUCCACACGUGGCACAGUUAAAGUGAAAAGUAGUGGAAUUCAAGUGGGUGAUAUCAUAUUUGUGGAAAAGAACCAGCGAGUUCCUGCUGAUAUGAUCUUUUUGAGGACAUCAGAAAGAAAUGGCUCUUGCUUCCUACGCACAGAUCAGCUUGAUGGGGAGACAGACUGGAAAUUACGGCUUCCUGUCUCUUGUACGCAAAGGCUUCCUACUGCAGGUGACCUUCUCCAAAUCAGAUCUUAUGUUUAUGCAGAAGAACCAAAUAUUGACAUACAUAGCUUUGUUGGGACCUUCACCAGAGAGGAUGGUGAUCCCCCAGUGAAUGAAAGCUUGAGUAUUGAGAAUACCUUAUGGGCGAGCACAGUCAUUGCUUCUGGUACUGUUGUUGGAGUUGUUAUUUACACUGGAAAAGAGCUGCGAAGUGUAAUGAACACAUCAAACCCUAGAAAUAAGAUUGGCCUUUUUGAUUUGGAGGUGAACUGCCUCACCAAAAUCCUCUUUGGUGCACUCAUUGUUGUGUCUUUAGUCAUGGUAGCACUGCAGCAUUUUGCUGGACGUUGGUACCUUCAAAUCUUUCGCUUCUUACUUCUAUUUUCAAACAUCAUUCCAAUCAGUUUGCGUGUAAACCUUGAUAUGGGGAAGAUGGUGUACAGCUGGAUGAUUCGAAAAGACUCCAAGAUUCCUGGAACCGUUGUGAAAGCAAGCACCAUUCCAGAGCAACUUGGAAGAAUUUCUUAUCUCUUGACAGAUAAGACAGGGACACUCACUCAGAAUGAGAUGGUUUUCAGACGUCUUCAUUUGGGAACAGUAGCUUAUGGAAUGGAUUCCAUGGAUGAAGUGCAAAGCCACGUUUUUAGUGCCUACACACAGCCGUUACAUGAACCACCUACCACAAGAUCCCUUUUAUCUACGAAAGUACGCAAAACCAUCAGCAGUCGAGUUCAUGAAGCUGUGAAGGCAAUUGCCCUGUGUCACAAUGUUACCCCAGUCUAUGAAUCCAAUGGUGUAACAGACCAGGCAGAAGCUGAGCAACAUUAUGAAGACUCUUGCAGGGUUUAUCAGGCUUCAAGUCCAGAUGAGGUUGCCUUGGUACAGUGGACUGAAAGUGUUGGACUGACGCUUGUAGGUCGAGACUUGUCGUCUGUUCAUCUGAGGACCCCUGGUGGACAGAUCUUAAAUUUUACAAUUCUACAGAUUUUUCCUUUCACAUAUGAAAGCAAACGUAUGGGAAUCAUUGUGAGGGAUGAAUCAACAGGGGAAAUCACAUUUUACAUGAAGGGGGCAGAUGUUGUCAUGGCGGGUAUUGUCCAAUAUAAUGACUGGCUUGAAGAGGAGUGCGGGAACAUGGCAAGAGAAGGCCUUAGAGUACUGGUAGUGGCAAAGAAGUCAUUAUCAGAAGAACAAUAUCAAGACUUUGAGGUGAGCAUCAGAAAAAUCAGCAAAUUCUCAUAG